AUGUCGCUCCUUUACUUACCCAACGAACUCAUUUGCGAACUUGCACAUUGGCUCAACGAUACGGCAGAUAUUAAUUCACUGGUUAAAACCUGCCGACAGCUACACAAAAUACUGAAUCGCAAACUCUACUUGGCGGACGUCGAGUCCAUGGCCUUCGAGGCCAUAACAUGGGCGGCAGAAUUCAAUAACGUAGCCACGGCAAGAACGUCAUUGGCAGUCGGUUCAGGUCCCUUCUCACCAAGCGAAGUGUACCUCAUCCCGUUUGGCAUAGCAGUGCGACACGGACAUGUCGAUGUGGUGAAAGAAUUUCUAAAAGUAAAGAAUCUAGAUGUGCAAACUGCUUGGCCGUCGCCUCUUUUAUCUGCUGCUUCCGCUGGCCACAUGGAACUCGUCAAGCUAUUAUGCAAUGCUGGGAAAUUGAGCCAAGAUGUCAAGGACGCCGACGGAUUUACUCCUCUCAUCAUGGCCGCCAAAGCGGGCCAUGUGUUUGUUGUCCAACUUCUCCUUUCUUCAGGCGACGUCGACAUCAACUCUAGGGAUAAUGAGGGCUUGAGCGCCCUGGCAUGGGCUGCAAGUAACGGCAACGAGUCUGUUGUUCAAACACUUCUGAAGCAUGAUGCCAUCGAUGUCGACAGCAGAGAUGUGUCCCAGCGUACACCGCUGAUGCUGGCUGCCCAGUGCGGACACGAGCACAUCGUUCGGCUCUUUUUGGGCUGCGACAAAAGUGAGAAAGAGACGACAGAUAUAGACGGCCAGACGGCUCUCGGUCUAGCAGCCGUGGAGGACAACGACAGCGUCAUUAAAAUUCUACUAGGCAUGGGAGAGGUAAAAGUCAACAGCAGAAACAAAAUGGGCCAGACGCCGUUAUGGAUUGCUUCGUCAUAUGGAAACCUACGAUCUGUACAAGAACUGCUGCAACAUGAGACUGUCGAUGUGAAUAGGCCCAGCCACUAUGGUGAGACACCCAUGGCUAUCGCGACAGAGAACAGACACCAUGACAUUGCGACACUGUUGCUGAAGCAUGGGGCCACCGACUGA